AUGAGCUCUGACAGCUUGAAACAACAGCAGUCACAACAGAACUUACAACAACCAACUCAAUCCAAUGUCAAGAACAGGUCACAGCAAUCAAUAGACAGAUUGGACAAGAAGUAUAAUGAUAUCAUUGAUCUCCUAUUAUCUCCACAAUUUGAAAUAGUCAAUGUACUAUGCUCACUUACAUUGGUGAAGGAGUCAGCACGUGACAACAGUGUCAACUUGUCCGAUGCUCUGGUGAACUUCUUUGAAUUGCACUGUACACACCGAUCGACCAGUCUACUCAAAUGGGCAAUCGAUAAGGAGAUUGACUAUACGGCCAAUGGUGCUACACUCUUUCGUGGACUAUCCACUGCCACCCGACUUAUAUCGUCCAGUUGCAAACGUCUGGGCGAGUACUACCUAAGAUAUUUACUGCAACCAUUCAUCAUUGACCUCUGCUCGAGGAACUUCUCCUUCGAAAUCGAUCCGGACAAGGCAAGCAAAGAGAUGGACGUCAAGUUCAACCUGGAGCGAUUGAUCACCAUAACACAACAACUACUGGACAAGAUACUGGACUCGGCAUCUAUCUGUCCCAUGUCCAUACGCAAUGUGUUGAUGCACUCCAAGGAGAGGGUGGAGAAGAAGUUCCCAGAGAUGCGCACAACAGUCAUUGGAGGAUUCAUCUUCCUUCGUUUCAUCUGUCCGGCCAUCGUUGCACCAGAGGUGUUUGGACUGAUCCAUGAUACGCCCACCACCGACUCUCGAAGAGGACUGGUACUGGUAUCCAAGUUGUUGCAGAACCUUGCCAAUGAGCUACCAUUUAGUGGCAUCAAGGAGGAGUACAUGACCUAUCUCAAUAGCUUCAUCUCAAACAAUGCAGAGAGGAUCCAUGUGUUCUUUAAUGAACUGGCCUGUGAUGAUCAGCCCAACGGUGCCAACAAUCCAAAGGAACAGUGUCGUGUCAAAUCCAGGACUGAACUCAUACCUGGCAAGAUCCUACAACAACAACUAGAGGCAACAGAGGAGUCGAUGAUUGAUAACCUAUUGCUCAUUGCUGGUCAGUUGAUGGAGAAUAGGGACAAGAUUGAUAGCAUCCUCAAUGAAUCAAAUCAACAAGAGUUGGCCAAGCGCUUCGAUACUGCCCUUGGUCCAUUGCAAAAGAUGUUACAACAGCAACAGACCAGCAACAAGACGUCACAAUUGUCGUUUGGUUUCAACAAGAUCACAAGAAAGAAGUCAUUGGGCAGCACUGGAUCACUCAAGAAGAAGACUCCACUGAACACCUCUACUUCAUCCAGUGUGAUUGGACCAAGUCCAACCUCUCUCCUGCCCUUUCAGUCAGAUGCCGAAGAGGAGUUGAGUGGCCAACUACAUCGAUCCAUAUUCGAUAUCAUAUCGUACUAUCGCCAUCAGUUGGAGUUGAAGAACAUUGACAUUCGAGAGAAACAGGAUGAGUUGGAGUUGCUCAAGAAAGAGUUGGAGGAAUCCAAGACACGUUCCAAUCUCAUGAAGAAAUUACGUGAUGAGUUUGAGUCUGAGCGUAAGAGAAGGAUAGAGGCAGAGGUGCAGUUAAAGAAGAGUCAAGACAAGCUCAAGGCAUUGGGACAGGAGAUCAACUCUAGUUCAGACAGUAUCCAAAGUCAACAACAACAACAACAACAACAGCAACAACAACAAUAUGAUGAUCCACUAAGUGAGUUAUUGGCAGACUUGAGCUCAGAGUUCAAUGUGUCCACUCCAAGUAGCACCAGUUGUGGUGGUGGAAGCAAGAAGACAACUCUAAAGAAGAGAUCACCAUUGGGAUCAUCUUCCAGUCUUGUCAAAAAGUCAGAGUCCAGUGUACAACUAUCGACCCCUCUUCAAUCAGAUGGGUCGGCCAUUGACCAGGAGGCUCAACCACAGGCCAAGCAGCUGACCAGCUCAGAAUCAGUGUCGGAACUUGAUUCAUUAAUGGAUCCAGAGACUGAGGAUCGCAUCAUACAAUCGGUGGUCGAUGGACAGGCUCAAGAAGAUGAUGAUGGAAUGGACUUGUUGGAGUUCUUGAGAGAGUACAAGGAGAAGGUGAUAAGUCAACAACAACAACAACAACAACAGCAACAGCAACAACAAGGUGAUAGAUCUGAACUGAGUAGCAGUGGUGAGCAACGAAAGAAGAAUGCAAGUAGUGGUGCAGGCUUCUUUAGACAACUGGUGAUGAGCAGCAAGAAGAAGAAGAACAGUGCAAUUGAGACCAAUGCCUAUAUACAGAACAGUAGUCUACCUAUUCAACAGACUCCAGCUGCAGUAUCUGAUGCUGCUGCAUUGACUCCACUGAUCAUCCAACAGUAA